CGCACACGCAAACGCAGGAGGCUUUUCAACGAGGUUUCCGCUUCUCACUCGGGCUCCUCGAACCGCGGCUCACGAAAAAACACCGCGGCUCACGCACAAGGUUGACGCACCGAGGUAAGAAGAAGAAAAAAGGGACAAGAAAAAGCAGGAGAAGAAAGAUGUCUGAAUCCAAGUACCGCGAGUGGAUCCUGGACACUAUCGACUCGCUGCGGUCACGGAAAGCCCGGCCGGACUUGGAGAGAAUUUGCCGAAUGGUCCGGAGACGACACGGGUCCGAGCCCGAGCGAACCUGCGCGGAACUGGACAAACUGAUUCAGGAGCAGACGGUGUUGAAAGUAAACUACAAGGGCUCAAUCUCGUACCGGAACGCCGCCAAGGUUCAGCGGAGGAGCCGAAAAAAGGACGAUGUCACGUUAACGGCGGCUGCGAGGAGGAGCGCGGUGGAAGAAGAAGCCAGUCAUUCUGACCUGAGCAACGGGGACAGCGCUCUCGGUCCCGCUGAGCAGGACGACGAGGACCUGGAGGCUGACACCUCCAUGGUCAUGGACACAGACAGUAAUGCAGAUGAGGAGGGGGCCGAUGAAAGUCGCGAUGGACAGGAGGGGCCGUCCCCUGGUGGGCACACGCAUGAAGAUGCUGCUGUGCACUGUGCCACUGUGCGAGCAGUCUCUGCCCCCUGCUCCCCCUCUGGCACCCGGCCUGGCUCUGGCUCCGGACCCGGCUCUGGCUCUGGCUCUGGCUCUGGCUCGGCGCUGGACUCUGUACCUUUCCAGAAGGCCAGUGAGAGGCCCAGCUCCUUGCCUCCCUCCAGCCCCAGGGCCCUCGCACACAAUGACUGGACUUAUGAUUGUGCUGUCUGCCCAGUGGAGCGCCAGCACCCAGGAAUGCAGGGAGACAAAGUAGAAGCAGCCAUGAAGCCAGUGAUCCACUCUGUGACCACCAGCCUCUGCACUUUAAAGAACAACGUGAAGAAAGAGGAUGGAGACAAGGUGGAGGACAACGGCCUUUCGUGUGACCAGUUGGUGCCAGACUGCAAGGCUGCACCACGACUGGAUGAGAGCAGGAAUGUGUCCGACGGGAGGCCACAAACACUCUCUUUACCAUCGGACAACUGUACGUUAAAAAAGAAGUUGGAUAUUUCGCCCUUUACACCACCUGAAGAUGGUCUCCUGAAUGGUGGGAAAGUCGAGGAAGUCUCCGUAAAGAAGGAGAAGAUGAGUCAGAACCUGUUGCAGUGGACGGUGGCAGACGUAGCCAGUUACUUCUCUGCUGCAGGCUUCCCAGAGCAGGCUGUGGCCUUCAGAGCACAGGAAAUCGAUGGGAAGUCCCUUCUCCUCAUGCAGCGCAGCGACGUCUUGACUGGUUUGUCUAUCAGACUCGGCCCCGCCCUCAAAAUUUACGAGCGCCACGUAAAGGUGCUGCAGAGGACCCACUUCCUGGAAUACGAAGAUCUCUGAGGUGGUGAUUCACAACACGACAGACAGAAAGAGAAAAAUGCUGCAUUGACGUGAACGUGCAUGCAGUGCCCUCUCCCAUCUGGAUCCUGCCACCCACCUUCAUAUACAGUUUAUGCAGAGGGUGAGUGGGGGAGAACGGCUGUGGUGGAAGUAACUUUCGCUGUGAGAAUGACCAGAAACUGAAAGACGCCUCAUCCUACCUCUCAUUAUGGUCU